AUGGUUACCUGGGGAAGCUUUUUCGACAGGGGCAGUUCCCGUCAACGUCUUGUCAAUGAAACCCGUCGCUUGCUCCCUUCCUAUGCUGCCGAUUCAGUAGCUUCAACAUGCCCUGCACAAGAGGUCACCAAGAUUGCCUUGCGAUUGAAAUACCAGCUUGAACAGGUUAUCCCUUGCGAGAUCCAGGAAGACGCCAUUACCGACCCAAAUAGCCGCAUCAUCACGAAGGAUGUGAUCCAGACUACGAAGGAGGCAGGCGGCGACGGUGACUGUCGAGCUUGUGUAGUCUACUGCCUGCUCGUAUGCUUGCGAUGGUUCAAAAUGCAGGCACUAGUGGAGUUGUGGGAUUCUGAAAUCCACGAGUCCCGAGCAGUUGCGUGCGAAGUCUUGGCGAAGAAAAUAAUAGAAGACGAGGACGACCAGGAUUUUCUGCUCAAAGAAUGCCUGCUCAAACGCUACUCUGUCGUCAAGGACGGGGAAGAGACAGUCCCGGUUAAUGUCAUCGAACGCGCUGUCGACCUUCACGCUCUGAGGGUCAUCGGUUCUUCUGGGUAUCAGAAAUGUAUCAAGUAUCUCUGGCUAGGAUGGUUUGGCCAAGAUGACAACAACCCGACUAUCUUCAUCGAAUAUCCAGACCGGGCCAACACUAGUUAUUGGGCCCAUUUCAACCCUGGCCGGAUGAGAAGCCCUAUCUAUCAGAAUGUAGUGCAGAUAUUUUUCUCAUUUCUGUAUCUGGUUCUGUACACUAUUGCCAUCAGCACGGUCAACCGCUCGGGGAAUCUGGAUGUUGUGGAAUGGGCUCUCUACACAAUGACGGUCGCCUUCAUCUGCGACGAAGUAACCAAGGUGUGGAAAGUCGGGCGACAUUUCUUCGAGUUCUGGACCGCGUUCAACUCAGCUCUAUAUUCCAUCAUUGCGAUAUCAUUUUGCCUGCGUCUCGCUGGCUUAAUGCAUUCUGCCUCCGAAGGUGAUGAGACGAGACGACGACUGAACGAGCUGAGCUACAACUUCCUCGCCUUCUCAGGGCCAAUGUUCUGGAUGCGCAUGAUGCUCUACUUGGACUCGUUCCGUUUCUUCGGUGCCAUGUUUGUGGUCCUGAGAGUCAUGAUGAAGGAGAGCCUGAUCUUCUUCGCUCUUCUCUUCAUCGUCACCAUGGGCUUUUUCCAGGCGUUUUCUGGCAUGGCCCAGGCCGACGGCAAUGACUACGAACACAUCACCAGGUCUAUCGUCCAGGGAAUGGCGAAUUCCAUCAUGCAGAGCCCCGAGUUCGACACUUUCGAGGACUUUGCUUUUCCCUUUGGAAUUGCCCUAUAUUAUCUGUUCAAUUUCAUCGUUAUGAUUAUCCUCUUGAAUAUUCUAAUUGCGCUAUAUAACACCGCAUACGAGAAUGUCUCCGAACGUGCCAUCGACGAAUACAUGGCAAUCUUCGCACAAAAGACAAUGCAAUUUGUCAGAGCCCCAGACGAGAACGUCUUCAUUCCGCCCUUCAACCUCAUUGAAAUCAUCUUCCUAGUCAUCCCCUUCGAAUGGUGGCUUCCAAAACACCACUACCAGAAACUAAACUACUACGUCAUGGGCGCGAUCUACUCGCCCCUCCUCUUCAUCACGGCCUGGCGCGAGACUCGCGACGCACAGCGUGUCCUCUGGAACCGUCGUCGCGGCGAGGCCGAUGAUGACGAUCUACAGGAAUGGGAGCGUAUGGCUGAAGGUGUGGACUUUGAAGUCGAUGCUGCGUGGCGAGAAGCUGUUGCCCAGUCCCAGCCGAAUGUCUGGACCGAUCCGUGUAUACUGGAGGUUAGGGAAUUGAAGGCGCAGGUUCAUGCUCUAACGGAGACGGUGAAGUCAUUGACGCACGAAGGGAAUCGGGCUGUUAUUUCCGAUGGGGGUGUUCAGGAAUGA